CAAUCCAGUGAUGCUUUCUGUUCUCUCUCUGUGCUGGCUUAUCUGUUUAGACUGUAAACUUUUCAAGGCAGGAACUGUCCCUAGCAAAGUGUGCCUAGCAUAUGUGAUGCUUAGCAGGAUGCAGCUUUGAUCUUGGCCUGCAGGCAGCAUGGUGGUGUAGCUAUGUAUUAACAACAGCAGGAUUUGAAUAUGAUAUACUGUAUUCAUCAUUCAGUCAUGAUUUAUUUUGAUUAUGCAGGUUACCCUUUUCCUACUGCUCCUCCUGUGGAUCCAUUUGCAAAAAUUAGAGUGGAUGAUUGUGGAAAAACUAAGGGAUGCUUCAGGUAUGGUAAACCUGGCUGUAAUGCGGAGACUUGUGACUAUUUUCUAAGUUAUCGUAGGAUAGGAGCUGAUGUAGAGUUUGAGCUGAGCGCCGAUACUGAUGGCUGGGUGGCAGUGGGAUUUUCCUCAGACAAGAAAAUGGGUGGAGAUGAUGUCAUGGCUUGUGUUCAUGAUGACAACGGAAGGGUCCGAAUACAGCAUUUCUAUAAUGUUGGUCAGUGGGCUAAAGAAAUCCAGAGAAAUCCUGCUAGAGAUGAAGAAGGGGUUUUUGAAAACAACCGCGUGACAUGUCGAUUCAAACGACCUCUGUAUGUUCCCAGAGAUGAAACAAUUGUAGAUCUUCAUUUGAGUUGGUACUAUUUGUUUGCUUGGGGUCCAGCAAUUCAGGGUUCUAUAACUCGACAUGACAUAGACUCACCGCCUGUAUCAGAGCAUGCUGUCAGUAUUUACAAGUAUGAAGACAUUUUUAUGCCAUCAGCUGCCUAUCAAACCUUCUCUUCCCCAUUCUGCUUGCUUCUCAUCGUUGCACUGACCUUCUACUUAUUGAUGGGGACUCCAUGACCACUGCAAUGUAAAUGGAAAAUAGAGAUUUGUCAGUCAGUUCCUCAGGAUGGAUGUAUUUUCGUUUGGAAUUUAUAUCACGUUAUCAUCUAGCUGCUGUUUUAACAAUUUCAGCUUCUCAGAAGAAAGAAAUACCAUGUUUUUGUGUGCUGGAGGUGUGCCAAACAGUUAUUUAAUAAUAAUAAUAAUAAUAAUAAUAAUCGAGGAACAAUUACAUCAAUGCAAUUACUACUUGUUUAUUGAAGAAAUGGACUUUUGUAAGUUCUGUGUGUGUGUGUGUGUGUGUGUGUGUGUUGAGGAAAAUCUAGUGAUGGACUUAUAUUGAAUUAUGUAAUAUAAAAUCACUUCAAGAAGUAUUAGUGGGGAAGAUAUGCUAAAUUUUUAUGGUGCAGGUAGCACUCAGAUAAGGGCAGUCAGUGCCUGAACAUGGGUUCUUGUCACAUUACUGCUGUUUAAUAAGGACUGCUUACUUCCCAACAUAUUUUGAAUCAAAAGCAAUUUACAGGCUAAAAUGGUUUUGGUGCUUUCCAAAACCAGAAUUUACUUCUGGUUCUUUUUACAAACAAGCAUAAGCAUGUUACUUUUUCAUGCAGAGUGGCACUCAGUGUUUUUACUAUAAUCAUGCUUCAUAAACAUAGCCCUACCUACUUACAUUUUUUGUCAUUUAUGAGAUGCAAUGCUUUUUGUACAGGGAAAAAUGGUGAUUUAAAUUCUUCAUAUAUAGACAAAUAUAUAAAAUACAUACAUUGUACAAGCCCCUACAAGCCAUAAGACAUUUUUCCAGUAAGUAAAUUUUGUCUUUUUAUAGAAAGCAAUGUUACUGAGAGAGAAAUAUCUGUUUUCAACUAUUGUUGUGCAGUAAUGCUGAAGGGUCUGUUUUCCCUUGUUGAGUGCCAAUAAAUCCCAUUCAUGGUAAAGACAAAAAUGAGGAGUAGCUGUUAAUUAUCCCCAUAGGAAUGGAAUGUAAACCUAAACAAAAUAGGAAUAUAUGGGGAUAAAGAAAAAUAGCCACCUUAAUUUCAGUUCCAUGAGACCAAGGGUAAAAUCAUAUUUUCUACUGCGGACAAAAGAGCAGCAGGAAAAUAUAUUUGAAUUUUCUGUUUUCAAGAGACUGGAAAGAAAAUAGUUAAAUAUUACUGGAAAUGUUAGUUGCAGAACAUUAACUAGAAUAACACAGUAUAUACUAUAAAAGGCUUUGAGUUGUUGCUGCCCAUGUCCAGUGUUCAUAAGAGAGGAGUGUUAUGGUUAGCUUAUGGUUGUAUUAGAGUGAUGUAACUGUAAUGGUCCAGGAAUUAUAUAAGGCAAAGAUUUAUUUGGGUGAUAUCUUUUAUUGGCCCAACCACAUAGCUUUCAAAUGCAAGACAUUCUUCUUCAGGUCUGAGCAAAGACAUUUGUCCUCAGGCUCUGACUUGAAGAAAGUCCAAUAAAAGGUAUCAUCAAAAGAAAUCCUUGCCUCACACAUGAUUAUCUUAAGCAGGGAUGUAACUGGCUUUUGUACCUGAUUGUGCAAGUAGCAUGCACAAAAAACUUAUAUGGGAUGAGGUAUAAUUACGAGUUGCAGGUUCAGGCCCUAGAUUUUGCUAAUUUAUCAUGCUGCUCUACCAAGAUUAUAUCGAUUGUGCCAUAUUGGAGAACUAAGAAUUGAUGUUUCUGUCUUAAUU